CUACCAAGACUUCCUUCAUCAAAUUGCCUCAACAUUAAGAAGCUUCAAAACAAUCAUCAAUGUCAUAUAAUUGAAUUAAUCAAUCAAAAACAUCAUAGAAAAAAAUUCAGUGCCAACCACCAUGGACACAGAAGCGCCGCCGCCGUCGGACCGCCGCCGCCGCCAGGGAGGUUGGAUCACUUUCCCCUUCAUCAUAGGGACGAUGGCUUUUCUGACGCUUUCGGCCGGGGGAUGGAUCAACAACCUCAUUGUGUAUCUAAUUCAAGAAUUCAACAUGAAGAGCAUAAGUGCUGCCAAGAUUUUCAAUUUUGUGAAUGGUAGUGUUACCAUGUUGCCUAUUGUCGGAGCCGUCGUCGCCGACUCUUUCUUUGGUUGCUUCUCCGUCAUUUGGUUUUCGUCGAUCCUUUCGCUUCUGGGCGUGGUGGUUAUGGUGCUGACAGCUGCUGUUAAAAAAUUACAACCUCCGACAUGCGAGACUAUAAGAUCAAAUUUAUGCAUACAACCGACAGGGCUUCAAUACGCCGUUUUGUAUUUCGGAUUAAGUCUCGCAUCUUUGGGGACAGCCGGGACUCGUUUCACUAUUGCAACAAUUGGCGCGGAUCAAUUCGCCGCGCAAAAGAGUCAAGGGAUUUUCUUCAAUUGGUACAUAUUCACUAUGUACGUCGCCACGGUCAUAAGCUCGACCGGAAUAGUGUAUGUCGAGGACAAUGCCAGCUGGACAUUAGGCUUUAGCCUUUGCGCCGCGGCCAACAUUCUCGGACUAGCCGUUUUCUUGUCUGGAAUUCGCUUUUAUUCCCUCGUCACGCCACGUGGGAGUCCUUACACGAGCUUAGCGCGUGUUAUCGUUGUUGCUGUUCGGAGAAGACGAAUGAUUCUGUCACCAAAAAGUGAAGAUUAUUACCAUGAAGAAAAUUAUGCUUCAAAUCCAACCCCAUUUUUCAGCUUUCUAAACCGCGCGGCGUUGAGAACCGAAGAAGUUGACACUGACUGCGGGUCCGCGACAGAAAAGUCAAAGUCAACGAAAAAGUCAAAGUGGUGCACAGUGAGAGAAGUUGAGGAUCUGAAAAGGGUCAUCAAACUGGUACCUUUAUGGUCAACGGGUCUCCUCCUCUGCACGCCGUUAGCCAUCCAGCUCAGCUUAUCCAUCAUCCAGGCGCUGACCAUGGACCGUCAACUAACGUCGCACUUCAAAGUUCCGUCAGGCUCUAUGCCCGUCUUCAUCUUAAUAUCCACUUCCUUUACCAUUCUAGUCCUCGACCGGUUUUUAUUUCCGUUUUGGUCCAAACUCCCCACGCGCCGCCGCGGGCAGCCGCCAUCCCUCCUCCGGCGCGUCGGAGUCGGACACGCCUUCACUAUAAUCAGCAUGGCGAUUUCAGCAAUUGUCGAAUCGAAGCGACUGCAGAGCGCCGCCGCCGGAAAUAAAUCCGGCGUCGGCGGCGGCGGUGCUGUUGUUCCGAUGUCGGCGAUGUGGUUGGUGCCUCAGCUGGCGGCCGCCGGCGCCGGCGAGGCGCUGCAUUUUCCGGCGCAGAUUGCUUUGUACUAUCAGGAGUUUCCAGAGUCGAUGAAGAGCACGGCGACGGCGGCGGUGGCGAUGUUCAUCGGAAUCGCGUUUUAUAUGAGCAACGGUGUGAUCGAUUUGGUCGGAAAGGCGACGGGAUGGCUGCCGGACGACAUUAAUGAGGGGAGGUUGGAUUAUGUGUAUUGGCUUUGUUGUGUACUAGGAGGCCUCAAUUUUGUGUAUUUUCUUGUAUGUGCGUCGCUUUACGAGUACCAAAAUAUCGACGAAUCGGCGGCGGCAGCGGAGGCGGCGCCGCCACCUGUAAUAAAAGCAGCGGAUGAUGGGGUUGAUUGAUGUUUUAUUUGAAAUAUAUAAAAAAUAUUAUAUUUAUUAUAAAUA